GGUAUGCUGUUAAGUCGUAUGAGUUGUCGACUGUGCCACGGGACCGUCCCCAAAAAGCGUUAUCUAAAUUUUGUAAAAGUUCGAAACAUCACGCAAAUGUUUUAGCUUCGGCUCCAUUGAUGUAUAUUGUGACAUUGUACACUGGUGAUAGUAGAAACGUUCUCGUGAGUAAAUGUGCUUCUGCCCCCUUUGAAAAGAAUCCAAAGAAUGUAAGGUAUGGAUUGAUUUUUAUAAUACAAUUGGCACUCAAACACAGCACAUUGCAGUGCCAAACUAUAAAAGUAAGGUGUCACAAGCGGUUGAAAAAAAUAUCUAGUUAUGGCUCAUUGUGUUAAGCUGGUGAUGUUGUUCAAAGUGUUACUCCUAUCCUGCUGUUUCGCACAUCCAACCAAUCAGCAGCAAACGUCCGAUCCUCACACCACGGAAAAUGUGCAAUGUUUAAUCGAGGUUAAGGAGCUGCUGAAGCUAGUAUUUAAACUUCUUUCUGUAGAAUCGUUUGAUUUGUUAAGCGAAAUGAAUCAAUUCGAAAAAAUGCAAGACCAGGAAAGUUUCAGCUCUGCAUCAUCUUCGAAGUCGGCUGAGAACAAUCACGGCAACACCGAGCAGGCUAUUCAUUUCCUGUUGGAAAAGUUGGACAUGCUAAUGAGGAACUUUAACCAAACAGUUGGGACCCUUUCCUGCUUUAAGCAGACUCGCUUUAAUCGCGAACCGGCAAGCCACGUAGCCAACUUACGCCAACAAUCCACCAUCAAUUGCGACACUUCUCCAAUGGUGUGUAUGGUGUUUCGUCUUCUGCACUGGAUGUACGUAGAGCCUACGUACGAGAUUAUCCAGCUGUUGCGCUUUUGGAUACGUGGUAACAAAUCCUUUCAACAGUGGUAAUACCUUCAAGUCACCAUAUUGGACAUUGACUCCGAGAUUUGACUCCGAGACAUUGAGACCGAGAUAAUAAAGGAUGGCGUUUUAACUGCCCAUUUUAGAUAAGAUAAACCGCGCUCCUAUCGAUCGAAGGCGUUCGAACUGCCGGAAGGGAUAGUCCCGACCCCGACAAUACCGUGACACCUGACCAGAUAAGACUGCACACACACAGACACACACACCCACGCCGGAGAUGAUAAGAUUGCAAUUGUUUUAAGUGACGGUAGAUUUGCUUGCAUUGAUUGCUGGUCAAGUGGAAAUUUGAAUGGAAUCUGGUAAAUUAAUAGCAAAUGAUAGACAGAUCAAAAGAUGGUUCAGUAGACUCAAGAAGUGUGUGCGAUGUCACUGAGCACAAUAAAGUGUGACUGAUACUGACUCCCCACCAAAUGAUUGAUUUUAAAGAAACCCUAAUAUUGUUUCAUUUUUAAUAGUAAUAUCUUCAUCUACAUUGCCUGAGUAACUUUUCGACCCGGCCAACUUUUUCCCACACAAUUUAUCUCCAUAGUUGAUCACGCUCCAUACAGUCCCCCUCCGAGCGCUAGGGCGACCAACUUUACCGAAACUAUAGUACAAAUGUGUACACAGACACACCUAACGUUGCAAACCAAGCCCACCGAAAGGCUCAUGCUACACACGCAUUACGCAGCCCAACGCUAGCCGACGCACACUACG